GCAGCUGAUGCAUCACUGCAAAACAGGUUAAAAGGAAGAAGAAUAUAAGAGGAAGAGCUGUUCAAAGUAAGUAAAAGUCUCCAUGUAUUCUCUUUCUCCAUUCGUACAAUGAACAGCGCACAACACGUCAAUCGUUUGAACUAAAUUUAGAAAAACUUGUCGAUGCAAAUGUCUAUCCAUUGCCUUUUUAAGGCGGAAAAAGCUAGUGUGACAAGCCUUUGUUAUCUAGAGGAGGAAAAUAACCUGUUGUUAUAAGCAAGGGAAGAUAACCGGGCCUGGAAGGAUCUUUUUCCCUAUUAAGAAUUCAAAAAAGGCCCUGAAUUGAGAUCAUACUUUCAUUGAAUGUUGCUGCUGCUGUUAUUAGCAAAUGUUCAUCACAGCUUAUAUCACGAUUAAAAGUUGAAAGACGACCGACAUUCCAGUAUUUCCCUUCACCAUACUUUUGCUGGAUAAUGAUUCAUAUGAGAGGCAGAGCUUCAGACACCAGGCAGGCUUGAAUCAAGAAUUUCACUGUUAAAAUACAAUAUUUUUCAAACGUCAGAAGUCAUCAACUCAGCUCAGCUCCCUUGCUUGCCAAGAUGCAUCAAUACACGCUUUUAGUAUCGUUUUAUUUGUAUUUGGACAAAUUGUUUCUGUAAACGUUUUUCUUAACAGCAAUUGCAACUUCUCUAGAAGCUAGUGAAAAUAUAUGUUACGUUUUUAAAGGAUCUGCAGACCGCAGACACUUUCACUUGCCCGUUAACAAAGGAUCAAAACCCAACUCACAGAAGUUCUCAUACGAAAAUGAGAACUUCCUCUUUGAAAGAGAUUUUAAAAUGUUUCGGUGAUAAUACUGACAAACAAAAGGAACAAAACUUGGUUAUUUUAUGUAAAAUCUACUUAAUUCCUGAAACAAUAUUUCCGCAAUAAAACUUUGAUAUGGCUACGCGGCCUCUAUGACUAUAUUUGGAAAUCCUUCUCGGCUGCAGGAAAAUGUUUGGUCGAUUGGGCAGAUUAGUGUUCAUGAUUAGAAGCUCGAACACAUUAAUGUCGUGGAAAGGGUUUUCAGAGAGAGGUUCACGUGGGGCUCUAUGGUUUGGUUACGCUUUGGUUUAACCAUAGUCUAUAGAAUUGGGACGGUCUGGAAGCCUUUUGUUCUUCCCGAUGUCAUGUUUUUGUUUACGAAAAAUGCGGUCACGUGGUAUCGAACGUGCACACACUAGUCGGGUUGAAGAGACGCAUGUUAUGAAAAUGCUUGUGCAUGUUGCCGGCGAUCUUGAUACAUAUUCUAUGUUUGCAUAAAUUUGCUCGAAAAUAACUGCUUAAGUGCGAGUCAGGGAUGCCUGGCGAUAAUUGUGCCUUCAAUCAAUGCGGUACAAGUCGAAGAUCGAAAGGAAUUGGGCUGUUCAAACUGCCAACUCCAAGGCGUUCCGACGAUGUUGAGACGAAGGAAUGGCGAGAAAAAGUUUUGGCCGUUCUGAAAAAAUAUCGUGUAGAAGAUGAAGGUUUCAAGCGUCAGCUAGCUGCUAAUACACUACACAUAUGUGAAAAACAUUUUCGUCCGGAAGAUAUCGAGAUAUAUGAAGGUGAGAAAAUGACCAAGAGAUUUUUGAAAAAAGGAGUCCUGCCUUCAUUAAACAUGCCAGUAAAAUCGUUUCACUUUACAAAAACAAAUUGUGUAAAAAGAGAACCAAGGACAGUUGUUCAGUCAAUUCCAAUUGAAGACAAACAACAUUUCUACUACAAGUCACUUCUGGAGCUAAAAAAGCGAGUUGGAAAACUUGUUUUAAAAGAUUGGUGUGUUGCAGAGACUGAUAAUGAAGAUUAUUUCACUCUAAAUCACAUGGAUUCAGAAUCUCUUGUACCAAAACUCAGCGUGAUGAUUGAUGAAAGUUUGAGUUUCACUAUCUCUGUCUUUGGGUACUUCAUACCAGGAAGCCACUUUCUGUACGAGGACUUUAGAAGGUCUGUUCGCAAUGUAACUGUGUCAGACCUGCUGCUUAAUCUUCACAGUCUCAUGAUUUGCUCAGGCAGCACAUCAUUAGGUGAUGAAGGAACUGUAAGGCAUGUUGUACCAAUAUUAGUGAAUCCAUUCGAGGGUGAUUCAGUAAACUCUCCGUUUCCUUGCAAAGAAUACAUCAGAGCAAAAAGCUGUUUGGUUCUGAUAAAAUCAGAUGAUGUUGGGGGCUGCAUGUGUAACAGCUGUUCUGACCUUGGGCUCAAGCAGGAAAAAAAGAAAAGAAAGUCAAGGGCAAAGCUUUCUGUUCCUGCACAAGCAAAGGCACCAAUCAAAGGGACAUCUGUUGAAAGAAUCAGACUUGCACUGCAGGAAAGCAGACUGCAAAACAAGCAAUUGCUGAAAGAAUUAGGGAAAAUGAAAGUUGAAAUAGAAAUGAACAGCAAGUCUUUAGACCACGAGCUUGACAAAGACCUACUUUCUAUUAUUGACAAGCAUUCACAAAAGAUGACCCCAUUCAUGAAGCUGUUUUGGGAGCAGCAAAAGAAAAUCUCAGACAGACCCUCUUUUGGUCGUCGUUAUCACCCCAUGAUCAUUAGAUGGUGCUUAUCAAUAAGCUCAAAAUCUGCAUCGGCUUAUGAAGAGCUGAGAGAAACUUUCAAGGAUGGGGGUUUAUUGGAACUUCCAAGCAAAAGGAUGCUUCAAAAUUAUCGAAAUGCAGUUUCUCCAAAGUGUGGCUUCAAUCCUGAUGUCAUUGCAGAUUUGAUUGAUGCUUCUAGAGACUACCAAGGCCUCCAGCGCUAUAUUGUGUUGCUUGUUGAUGAAAUGAAGGUGCAAGACAAUCUUGUAUGGAAUAAACAUUCUGGAAAACUUGUUGGGUUUGUUGAUUUAGGUGAUCCUGACACGAAUUUUGCAACCCUUAAAGAAACAGAUGCAUUGGCAACACACAUGCUGGUUUUUAUGAUAAGAGGGAUUCAGACAAAGCUCAAAAUGUCAAUGGCAUAUUUUGCUACAACCGCUGUCACUGGUCACCAGAUGUUUCCAAUCUUUUGGAAGGCAGUUGGGUUAUUAGAAAUGACAUGCAAGCUUGCUAUCAUUGCUGUUAUUUGUGAUGGUGCAUCAUCCAACAGGAAUUUUUUUAAAAUGCAUGAAGACUUGGACGGAAGAGGAAGUGCAAAUAUUGUUCACAGGACAUUGAAUUUGUUUGCCAAAGACAGAUACAUCUACUUCUUCAGUGACCCUCCACACUUAGUGAAAACAAGCAGAAAUUGUCUACACAAUUCAGGGUCAGGUCGAGGUUCCCGUUUGAUGUGGAACAAUGGAUGUUAUCUCUUGUGGAGCCACAUAUCCACUCUGUAUUACAAUGAUCUAGAGAAUGGUCUACAUUUUUUGCCCAAGCUUACUACUGAACAUGUUGAGCUGACUUCAUUUUCUGUUAUGAAAGUAAACUUGGCAGCACAAGUUUUGAGCCAAACUGUAGCAAACAUUUUAAGAGAUUUUGGGCCUCCUGAUGCAGCAGCCACUGCUGAAUUCUGUGAGCACAUUGACUCUUUCUUUGACUGCAUGAAUGUGAGGUCACUCAAGGAAGGUUAUGGUAAACGGAAACCAUAUUUGCUACCAUACAGAAGUCUUGAAGAUGAAAGGUUGACUUGGCUGAAAGAAACCUUUCUGAAGUACCUUGAGACUUGGAAAAGUAGUAUUGAGAGGAGAGAGGGGACAUUUUCAGAGGCUGAUAAAGCCAAGAUGUUCAUCUCAAAACAGACACAUGAAGGUUUCAUGAUCACGGUGCACUCCUUAAUUGAAACUGUAAGAUUUCUUUUAAGUAGUGGGAUGGAGUAUGUCUUGUCAAAUCGUUUCUGUCAAGACCCUUUAGAAGAAUAUUUUGGAAAACAAAGAGGCAUUGGUCGACGAAAUGAAAAUCCAACUGUGAAAGAUUUUGGAUAUAAUGACAAUAUUAUAAGAGUUCAAAGAUCAGUGUUACAGAUCAAAGGCAAUGUGACUUCUACAAAAAAAAGUUCAGAAAAACGCUGGAAAGAAACCACAGAUGAACCUCUUCUCACAAAAGAAACAAUCAAGAAAAGAAAACUUGACUCGUAAACAGUACAUUAACUCUUAUGAAUUUUUAUAAACAAUUACACUUUAGAACAAAGUAUUGCAAAACAGAAAAACCAACUAGUUGGAUUUGAGGACCUUUUUCGAAUUUUCUGUCAUUUAGUGAUGAAAAAGCAAUUAAAGCGAGUUUAAUGAUUUAAUUAGAAAACCCUGAAAACCUUGCUUACAUUUACGAAAAAAAUUUAUUAAAAUGUUUCAUUUAGUAGAAAGGUAAUUAAAUGCUGAAAUUAAGGGUAACAGUUGGCUUGCUGAAAUUAAGGGUAAAGUUUUGCUAAAUUCUAGGGAAAUAACUUCUUGAGAAAAAAAGAU